GAGUGACCUCAAUCUGUGUGUGUGUGUGUGUGUCCGCUCUUGUUUACGCCCAUGGCUGGUAAUCCGCAGGGAGGGGGCCUUAUAAGAGACCCUCAGCAUCCUGGGGUGCAGAUCACACCUCUCCAGCUCUCCUCUCGGCUCAUCUCCCCUCUCGCAUCCUUCUCUCAUUCUCUCCAUCUCUAUUCUCAUCUGUCUGAUCUGGAGCACGUUCCUCUCUCUUCACUUUCUUCCCUUUCUCCGCCAAUUUUUCUCUCCUCACUUCUGUCUUCAUUCCUUCGUCUCUCACGUCACCAUGAACGGCACGGAAGGGCCCAACUUCUACGUGCCCAUGUCCAACCGCACAGGGGUGGUGCGCAGCCCCUUCGAGCACCCGCAGUACUACCUGGCCGAGCCGUGGAAGUACUCGCUGCUGGCCGCCUACAUGCUCUUCCUCAUGACCACUGCCUUCACCGUCAACUUCCUCACGCUCUUCGUCACCGUCAAGCACAAGAAGCUGCGGACGCCGCUCAACUACAUCCUGCUCAACCUGGCGGUGGCCGACCUCUUCAUGGUGAUCGGGGGCUUCACGGUCACGCUUUACACGGCUCUGCAUGGCUACUUCGUGCUGGGGGUCACCGGGUGCAACGUGGAGGGCUUCUUCGCCACCCUAGGCGGGGAAAUUGCCCUGUGGUCCCUGGUAGCGCUGGCCAUUGAGCGAUACAUUGUAGUAUGCAAGCCAAUGACCACCUUUCGUUUUGGGGAGAAGCACGCCAUUGUAGGUGUGGCUUUCACGUGGAUCAUGGCUCUCACCUGUGCUGUGCCCCCUCUGGUGGGCUGGUCCAGGUACAUUCCUGAGGGAAUGCAGUGCUCCUGUGGUAUAGACUACUACACUCCCAGGCCUGAGCUCCACAACACGUCUUUUGUCAUCUACAUGUUCACCGUACACUUCUCCAUCCCUUUAAUCAUCAUUUUCUUCUGCUACGCCCGCCUGCUCUGCACCGUCCGCGCGGCUGCAGCCCAGCAACAGGAGUCGGAGUCCACUCAGCGGGCGGAGAAAGAAGUGACACGCAUGGUGAUCGUCAUGGUGAUCUCCUUCUUGGUGUGUUGGGUGCCUUAUGCCACUGUGGCCUGGUACAUCUUCGCCAAUCAGGGUACGAACUUUGGACCUAUCGCCAUGACUGUCCCUGCAUUCUUUGCCAAGAGUGCUGCACUAUACAAUCCGUGUAUCUACAUUCUUCUGAACCGACAGUUUAGGAACUGCAUGCUGACGACAGUGUGCUGUGGAAAGAAUCCAUUUGGUGAAGUCGAGGUCACCACCACCACCGCCUCCACCAAAACCCAGUCCUCCACCAUCUCCACUAGCCAGGUGGCCCCUGCCUGAUCUAGUCCCA